CCUAGCCGUCUAUCGCACCAGGCCGUUUCUUCCCUCCCCUCAGUUCUUUUGCUCUUCUCUGUCUCCGUUGGGCUCCCCUCCAAAAGACAACAACUUAGAGAGAGAGAGAGGCACUGUUAUCAUGGCACAAUUGAAGUCGUUUUCUCCAUGCCCAUCAUCCACUAAUAUCCGUUUUCACGGACCCAAAAGAGCUUCAUUGUUGUACAAUGGCAGAAUGUGUUGUCCCGGGAAGCUAUCUUCAGCUUUUCAGGUAUUGGGUGCGAGAACAAGUGAGCUCCAUGGGAAUGCGUCUGUAUCCAUUAGCACUAAUGGCAGUGUCAAUAGUUCUCAUAACAAGCAAGUAAUCAGAGCAGCUUUGCCAAGUCAAAAAGAGUUGAAAAUAUCUGAAGCUACAAACAAUGGAGGCUUACGAGGAAAAUUGAAGAAGGUAGUUCUGGCAUAUAGUGGCGGCUUAGACACAUCGGUCAUUGUUCCAUGGCUAAGGGAGAACUAUGGUUGCGAAGUUGUUUGCUUCACCGCUGAUGUUGGUCAAGGCAUAAAGGAAUUGGAUGGUUUGGAACAGAAGGCCAAGGCCAGUGGGGCUUGUCAGUUGGUAGUGAAGGAUUUAAAAGAGGAAUUUGUUAAAGAUUAUAUAUUUCCUUGCUUGAGGGCAGGUGCAAUUUAUGAGAGAAAGUACCUGUUGGGAACCUCAAUGGCACGCCCGGUUAUCGCAAAGGCAAUGGUUGAUGUUGCAAGUGAAGUUGGAGCUGAUGCUGUUGCUCACGGAUGCACGGGGAAAGGAAAUGAUCAGGUUCGCUUUGAGCUGACAUUCUUUGCGUUAAAUCCCAAACUAAAUGUUGUGGCUCCUUGGAGGGAGUGGGAUAUUACGGGCAGAGAAGAUGCCAUUGAAUAUGCUAAGAAGCAUAACGUUCCCGUUCCAGUGACAAAGAAAUCCAUAUACAGCAGAGAUGGGAACUUAUGGCACCUUAGCCAUGAGGGUGACAUAUUGGAAGACCCAGCAAAUGAACCUAAGAAGGAUAUGUACAUGUUGACAGUGGACCCAGAAGAUGCGCCUAAUCAACCUGAAUAUGUCGAAAUUGGGAUAGUCUCAGGGCUUCCUGUUUCAGUCAAUGGAAAAGAGCUUUCCCCUGCAUCUCUUCUCUCAGAGCUCAACCAAAUCGGUGGAAGACAUGGAAUAGGCCGAAUCGACAUGGUUGAGAACCGACUCGUUGGCAUGAAGAGUCGUGGAGUCUAUGAAACUCCAGGGGGUACCAUCCUCUUCGCUGCUGCCCGCGAGCUCGAAUCCUUGACGCUGGAUCGAGAAACAAUUCAAGUUAAAGAUUCCCUUGCCCUCAAAUAUGCAGAGCUUGUGUAUGCAGGCAGGUGGUUCGACCCGCUUCGCGAGUCCUUGGAUGCGUUCAUGGAGAAGAUCACGGAGACUACGACAGGCUCUGUGACUCUCAAACUAUACAAAGGUUCUAUUACUGUAACUUGCCGGAAAAGUCCCUAUAGUCUGUAUAGGCAGGAUAUUUCAUCAUUUGAGAGUGGAGAUAUAUAUGACCAAGCUGAUGCUGCUGGAUUCAUUCGGCUUUAUGGGCUCCCAAUGAGGGUUCGAGCAAUGCUUGAGAAGGGUCUCUAAAUUGUAGUUUCUAAACCAUUGCAGACCGUUAAAAAUAGUGAGGCAUUUGGAUUGAGCUUUAUGUAAUUUUAAUCCAAUGUGUUUUGUUUUGUCCUCUUAAUAAUGUGUUUUAAUAUGCACUUUAUGGCCAAUGCUUCUAUCGGUUUAACCUUUUUUA